CGGGUCCUCGGUGUCGAAUUGUUCGUCUCCCGCGUGGUUUUUAGGUUCUCCGAGCUCGUGUGGGGUGUGAUUUGAGGCGAGUCCCGUUGAUAACGGUGCGGAGGAUGUGUAGACGCUCAUGCGCAAGUUUGAGCUGGGGAGGGUGAAAUAGCGCUUGCUUGUGCUCUGUUUUAUCGCUGGUUGAAUUGUUUGAUGUUGAUUUUUUAGUUCGUAAUGUGUCUGGUCGAGUGAAUCUUCUGGGAACAUGACGAAUCAAGUCAGACACUGUGACCAGGCAGGCUCUGUUUGUUUGGCUUCGGAAGUAGGGGAAGUUAGGAUUAAGUGAAGCUAUGGUUUCCUGGAGAUUGGCAGUGUCGUGGGUAUCGAUUUUCUGCCGGUUAAUGUUGGUGCCAGUGGGUAGCAGUCGUCGAACUUGGAAAGUUUAAAGUUGGGGUAGCGUGGGAUUGUGUUAAUUGUCUUCCAGAUGUCCCCAUUGAGAAGUGAGGAUUCUAAUGGAUGGACGGAGAUUGGCCCUCGAGUGCAAAGGCAGAUUUAGUCUAUAUCUUUCUAUUUCUAUAUAUGGAGUGAAUUUUAAUUUUCCUGCAGCUGAUGGAAGGGAAUUGUUUACUUUUUUUUUUCCCUGCAGCCGAUGAAAGGGAAAUGUUCCUUUGCAACAUAAUUUUCGAGAAAUCUCAAUUGCAUCUUCUGUGGACUCAUAGUUUCUGCAUACACUUUGUGAAGUCACUGAGCAACACAGCUUUUGAAAUUUGGAGAACUUAAUGAAUUUAGUGUGAUUGUGUUGCAGAAGUGUGUUUCACUUGUGGAAUUUUGGCUAAUCACUUCUCAUGCAUUGCAGUGAUUGUGCUACUAUGCAUAUAAUUUGAUAUGAUACUAGAUGAUAUGAGAAUUGAUCUACGAUGUUACUUGAAUUUGUAAAGAAAUGCUGGAACCACUAUACCGAUGCUACAAGUUCAGCAGGCUGGAAUGAUUAUGGCUGUAUUAAUGGAAAAAGCAGGUCCAUCUCGGUUUCAAAUGCUGCUAUAUUGAGAGCAAUAGAAUCUGGCGUUAUGCAGCCGAAGUCUGAAAGUUCAAACAGGGUGGAGGCUCAUCCACAUAGCAUCCAGACUUGUGCAGUAUUCACUGAACCCUGGUGGCGUGGCAUAGGAUACAAUACUAUUUCCCCAGCUGAGCCAGGAAGAAUUGAAAACCAUGCACCUUUAGGAUGCAUAAAUGGUGGUUCUGAUUCCAAUGGUGGUCAAUCACAGUCAAGUGAGGAAAGAGUUGAGGAAGAUGACGAUGGCGAUAAUGUCAAAGGAUCUGGGAACCCUGCAUGUUCAGGAGCAGUUGGAAAUCAAGGAAAGGAGCCUCAAAAUGGGCAUGGUGCUCCUACUAUACUUACAAUGCGUGAUGAUGGCCUUGCACAACCUCCCCAGCUAGAACUUGUCGGUCACACAAUCGCAUGUGCAUCUAAUCCUUAUCAAGAUCCAUAUUAUGGGGGGAUGAUGGCACCGUAUGGGCAUCAGUCAAUGGCUUAUCCUUUUGUCGGUAUUCCUCAUGCUAGGAUGCCUCUUCCCCUUGACCUGGCACAGGAGCCUGUUUAUGUAAAUGCUAAGCAGUUUCAGGGGAUUUUGAGACGAAGACAAGCACGUGCUAAAGCCGAGCUUGAAAAGAAGCUUAUCAAAAUCAGAAAGCCGUAUCUUCAUGAGUCACGGCACCAGCAUGCCAUGAGAAGAGCCAGGGGAACUGGAGGGCGCUUUGCUAAGAAAGGUGAAACCAAUGAUUCGAAUGAUGCAGCUGAAGAGAAGGGCACAAACUCUGGUCCGGCUCUGUCUUCCCAAUCUGCCAGUUCAUCGGGCUCUGAACCUUUGGCACCUGACUCCUCUGAAACCUGGAAUUCAUCUAGUAGUCACUUGGCAGGAAGGUCACAAGUGCAUGGAACUCGCAGAGGUCAUGACUACGUGAAUGGGAACAGCCAGUACCAAAAUCAUGGCCACUUCCAGGCCUCAGCAUAUUCAAAUGAAAGGGAGAGAGACCGCUUUGGCCAGCAACCCAGAGAGCGUCUUCUCUAGCGCUGUUCAAGAAGCCUGCGUGGGUCCCAUGGUGCAAGCUAUUGGGCCUACCACUAAAUAUGUAAGAGGGCUGGUGUCAUGGUGUCGAUCCCGGGAUUCUUGGCAGUCUUUGCUGAGCGGCAAUUCAUUCUUGGCUUUUGUUCUUUGUGUUUGUGGUGGCUUGUUGGAUAAAAGGAGGUUCCGAGCAGGAGACGAGGAAUAUGGGCACGCGAGUUUGUGGAUGUCUACUUCCUCAUUUCCCACAACCUUCCUUCUUCUUCUAGUCGUGUACAGGAGUAGGUCUCUCUGUUGUAAACUUUAGACUUGAAAUUUUAGCUUCCAGUCAGACAGAGCAUCCUCUUAAUGCUUGAAUCUGAGGUCAUCACAUCUGAGAAAGAAUAACGACAACUUCAAUGGACUGAUUUCUCUA